GUUUUUUGUCUUCUCCUUAAUGUCAUUGUGGAGUACAGUUAUCACUGCUACGGCUUUCUAAUUUCUGUUGGUAUGAUGGUGAGCUGGUGUUACACAUCAUUAUCAGGGGCAGGAUUAAUGCUGAUUCAGGGCUAAUCCAUAUAGCUGGACCUCAGCCAUCAUCACACUGACCUGCACUAAUGAGAGUCCACCACUUUCCCAAGAGAACCAAAACCUUCCACGUUUUUUUUCUCAUCUGUUUGCAGGACUGAGGAUCACAAAAACCACCAUGACAAGAAACAUCUCCACCGCAGCCACCUCAACCGGGUUUCCUAUCAUGAACUUGACCACUGACUCACAACACACUUGUGUGGAUUACGACGCUCUGCAGAUCCCGCUGGCGGUGCUUUACUCUAUAAUCUUCAUCUUGGGUCUCGCUGGGAACCUGGUGGCUCUGUGGGUUUUCUUCUGUGUACACUCAAAGAAGAACUCAGUCCGGGUGUUUCUCAUAAAUGUUGCUUUCGCAGAUCUGUUGCUGGUGGUGUGUUUGCCCUUCAGGAUACUCUAUCACAGCCAGGGAAACAUCUGGAAACUGGAUCCCACCUUGUGCAAAGUCGUGGGAAAUGUCUUCUACAUGAACAUGUACAUUAGCGUCACUCUGCUGGGGUUGAUCAGUGUUGAUCGAUACUUGAAGAUCCAUCGCAGUGCAGGGAUGCAACACAGACUGAAGUCGGUGAGGUGGAGCGCUGCCCUCUGCGCUUUCAUCUGGACUGCGGCCUUGGCUUUAACUUUAGUGCUCAUGAUGUCAAAGAACCACUCACACUCUGACAGGUGUUUCCACUACAAGCUGCUCCAUAACGCUCGGUGGAAAGCCUACAUCAACAUCUUUGUGCUGGUCGUCUUCUGGCUCGUGUUCAUCGCUCUGAUGGUGUCUUACGGGAAGAUUGCCCUGAAACUCCUGAAGGAGUCACAAGACAAACCAGACCUGCCCAACGCGUCCCACUACUCUCGAACUGCCAAGAAGUCCUUCUUCAUCCUCUUCCUCUUCACCGUCUGUUUCGUGCCAUACCACACGGUCAGAGUGUUCUACAUCAAAACCCAGAUCACAGAAACCUCAUGUUAUUGGAGAGGUGUGGCGGACAAGGCCAACGAGGUGGCCCUGCUGUUUUCUGCCCUCAACAGCUGCCUGGAUCCCGUCAUGUUCUUUCUGCUAUCAUCUUCGGUGAGGAAGGAGGUUCUGCGGUUGGUAAGCAGCAUGUUUUGCGUUCGAGAUGUUGCUGGGAGCAGUGGGAGCAGCUCUACCUUGGACUGGGACAGUAGAACUGGGAGGACUGACAGAGGACCGUCAAACAUCAGCUCAACCAGCAACCUUGGGGAGAAAGCAGCUUCUAAAUGCAGUAUUGAUGAACUGUAAAUGUACUAUGAAGCAAAGAGCCUCCAUGUUUGCAGAGGAAGAGGCCAAGAUAUUUGAUGUUCUCACCUGAGAAGACAAUGACUGAAACUUUCCAUUAAAGCAUUACAACCAGUCUUAAAUCAAAUCAAAUCAA